AUGGCUGAGACUCAAAGGCUAACUAUAGCCUCCACCUGGAAAUUUGACCCUGAAAUGGCUCUUGAAAUACAGUCUCGUUUAAGGGAAAGCCUCAACAAUACCGAGCAGGCAUUUUGCAACCACGACCAAGAGAACCACGUAUUCACUGUUGGCAGCUGUGAAGUGGUGGAAACUGCUUCAGCUCUCGGUCAAGUGAUAUCAGUGGUCAUCGAUGAAGAAAAAGAUAAUGAUUUAUUGGAGAAACCCAGGAUCUGCCGCAUUAUUACCCCGUCACGUUUAGAGGAUACCCGUUUUGAUACUGAUCUAGAUGAUGAUGGUGAAUCAGAGCUGGUUAGCAUUAAAGGGGACAUUUCCGUCUCGUUACAUACCAGGUACUGGGAACCUAAGGGUGAAAAUGUAGACUGGUUUCUAAAAUCGCCCUAUAAUGUACUAACUGAAGUCGCCAACGCAACGAGGGCUCAUAUAGCCGUAGAGGCUGAAAGUAAAAAAAUACGAGUAUCAAGCAUCGUUCUUGCUCAUGUAGAAUGCGCUAUUGAUAGGCUGCAUAAUUUAGAGCAAUCGGCUUCUCUUGAAACUUCGCCAUAUAUUGAAAAUAUAUUGCAUGUCCACGAGCAUGACGACCUCCAGUUAAAACUAUGCACUGUUACCAGCAUGAAUAACUCAGUGGAUCAGAAAUUAAUCAGCGAUCAUUUACCACACGAAAAAGGUCAGCUUGGUGGGUUUUAUAUCACAGUUGUGGAUGUGCCCGAUGCAGAAGAUAGGAAGACACUCGGAGCCAAUGCUACACCGCAACCGAUACCCGCAAAAAAUGGAUGCUCAGCAGCCUGGAUUGACUAUCUGUUCCUGGAGCUUGGAGAUGCAAACAAUACUCCUGGAAUUCCCUCUCCCAAAAUCACGACAACGUCAGAUAGCUGGAAGCAUUCGUUGUCUUUGGAAACAGAGCACCCAUGUCUUUCUCUCCCAAACAUAAUGCAACCCAACAGUCUUCGAUUUCUAAGUCGAGAAAAAGCCUCACUCGUCGGCAGAUGGGUCACACAAGGCGUCGAAGCUGGUGCCGUGGGUCCUUUGAGCUCCGAAGUCUCCACACGAGCUCCUUCUCCAGAACUUUCUCUCCCCCCGCCGGCCAUCCCUGGUAUUAAAAAACGAGUUGCCAUGACCAAGGAUAAUACAAGCCAUGGAUACGGUGAGAGCCAUGAGACCAUCUCAAGAGAAAGCAUGGAGGCUCAUCUUGUCAACGCUGAUGUUCCAAAUUUCCAAGCUCCAGUGUACAAAGCAGGGAAAUUCACUAUCACCCCAGAAAAAUGUAGUGGUCAGAACGAGUCGAAUUCAAUUUUCAAGGACCAAGACGCUCUCCUUUUAUGUUCGACGUUUGAAGUGCCACGGAACACAAACAAACCCAAAAUUUUGGACAUGACUGAUGUAAGUUAUUCAGCUGGAACCGCAAGUCCGCACUUAUCAUUCGAUCAGACUCCUUCGGUUCCCACCCGUCCUCCUGAUCAAGCAACAGUAUGUAUUGGCGGCUCGCAAGUUGAUAAUGCUGAGGUGGCAAAUGAUGCCACUUGCUUUGCUACGCAAAAUCUUACUACUCGCAUACGUGACAUGGGUAAGCAGAGUUUUGGUUUUGCAGAGACCAAAAAGAAAAGUCUUGCCCCUAUACCAAUACCCUACGAAAAGAAAACCAAAAGUCAAUGGAGGUCAUUGCGAAAUGAACAUGACGAUAUUUCCAAAGAUAUCAAGGGCAAGUAUAUGCAAAAUGAAUCAAUCCACCAAAUUGAAAUUAAUUCCCAGGGUACUUGCACUCAACUAGCCGACAAGAACGAGCAGGCCCAAGUAUCGGAUCGGAUCAAGGAACGGUUACAGGCAAGAAGCGAGGUAGAUACACGAGUAUUUCAAAAAGUUAUGCAACAAAAAUCUCCAAAUAUCCGAAGCAAGAGUGAUUCGAAAGCCUGCCAGAAGGCCAGAAAAGAAGCAGUAAUUGCGGAUGCUUGGGGUCCCAGUCCGCCAUCAGUCGAUGUAAAGCCGAAUUGUCUGGCUAACUCGACUCUGAGUAAAUGGAAAACAAAACAUGCAGCGAAGAUGGUGGCUAAAGAAGAUAAACAGAUCGAGAAUAUCUGCACUGCUCUACAUCCUAUUCUCACCGCAGUCCAGUGCUUUCAGGGUAUUGUCUCCCUUGAGUUUCAAUUCGGCAAAAUCUUGAUUCAUAACGUGCCAAAAUCCUAUAAUGAUAGACCUAUUGAUGUGAAGAGCUGGGAGAAGCUAUUUCGGCCACAACAUGGUAUUCGAGGCCCUAGCACAAAGUUUUUGGAAGCACUGACCGUAUCCGGGGAAGAUGUGGACCGUUUCCUUGAUGUUAAAAACAAUACCGGUGACAAUUUAUUUUCAAAGGACCCAUUUGAUCGCCGCGUAAUUUACCAGUUUCAUUGUCGAACAAAGGGCAAUCAAUCCAUCGUUGUCGAGGUUGAUGAAACCGGAACAGCCGUGGUGAAAAUGCCCGAAGCUUUACUAGGAGCUGUGAAUGUUCAUUCCCCACAACGGGCCUGGGAUAUGAGAAUUGCUGUCAAGGGAGCAAGAGAGUACCCAACAGGGAUAGACAAAGAUGUCGAUAGUGCUCUGAACGAUUUGAUCAAUAACAUGUAUGUCUAUCCACAGAAGUCACAGCUUUUACUUUUCACGCAAAUCACAAGUGUUGAUACUCUCCAUAUCACAAAAGUCAUAUUGCGCCGUACUACUCGCCAUGGUUUCGUCGAAUUAGGUGAUUCCUCACUUAUAAACGAUCAUGGUUUGUUUCUAAAGGUUACCGAGGUCCAGGAUUUACUUCUAGGUCAAAUGGCCGAUGAGAAAUCAUAUAUUCGUGCUCGCUCGUUAAGCCCUAAUGAGAUGAUGGCUAAUUCAAAAUUGUGGUAUGAGAUAUCUGUUACCAGUUUGGCUAUUGAAGACGCCUUGGAAUCAAACAGAUAUCUCUCCCCUGGACUGCGUACAUUUGAAUGGCAACCCUCAGACUUCCUAUAUGAGGAUACGGUUGCUCCUGAGAACUCAGACCCAAGACCAGACACCAAGAACAAUAUCAGACCUGGACUUCUGACUCAAAUGUACUCCAUUGUUUCAGCGGUCCUCUCGAAAACGGAGGGAAUGAAAACGUCAACCUCCGACCACUACCCCUGUCAUCUACCGACUGACAGUACUGUUGCAAGACAUAGCCUCGGAGCUAGUCCUAUAGAUGAUUAUGUCCACAAGACUAUCAAGACAAACAAUGCUCAAGAAAUCUUCAAUAACCUAGAUAACUUCAGCAGUAGAACUAUUGAUGAAGCAGAGAGCUUCUGGUAG